AUGCAGUUUGGAUGGCGCUCAGAAGCGCAUCGCGUUUGUGGCUUCUCGAAACUCGCCGCGGCGCCUUCUUGGGAAUCUGGAGCGGACACCGGCCGGUCCAAGCCUGACUCUGAGAAGCGCAAGCACACGCUUUGGAUAGUGGCCAGAGAGUCCGUCGCGGAUGCCGCUGGAAGCAACAGGGAACGGUUUGACAGUUCGCGGGCCGGUGCAAGAGCGCGCGCUUCGAGUUGCUGCGCACUGCUUCUGGAGGCAAGCGGCGAACAACGCAGCACAUAUGCUGACGAACGAGCAACCACAGGCACGUUUGCGGAAGAGUAUCCGAAGCGGGUCGCAGGUAUGUGUCACGAAAGGCAAACGCAGAGCGCUGCAGGAGCUCACGCCCGGACGCUUAGCAGCAGCAGCAGCAGCAGCAGUGUUGCAAACUGCUGCGCAAUGGAGCCUCCCAUGAUCACGCAGAGCGCCAUGUCCGAGAAGCAGCAUUUUUUCGCAGGUGAGCGAUUACACUUGGAGCGAACAGCGACAUCCUGGGGUUGUGGCUCGCCUUCAGUGCGGGUCGUUCAUCGAAGCACUUUACGAGAGCCAAGGCAACCGAACGAUCGCCGUCUUUCAGUGCGCCUCCUGCGAUGUUUCGGAUUUCUCGGUCAGAACAGGAAAGGGGGCUUCCUGGUGUCGGUGAUCCUGCCCGGCAAAUCCAAAACGAGUCGAGGUUCACUGGAGAACGACCCAACCGAUGCUGCAUGGCGAGGACAGAGGCACCUCGAAGUGCCGGACACGGCGAGUCAAGUUCGCGAACAUACGGCACCGCGGGACCCGCAAGGAAACCAAUACGCCGUGUGGCGAUGUGCCGCAGACUUUUUGGAGCUCAGGUCGUCGCUUGAGCGAGUCCAUCCAGCCUGUAUCAUUCCUGUGUUACCGUCGAUUCCGCUUUGGCUGGAACUCCGAGCGAUGUUCAGCAGAGGAAUUGCAGCGCAGGUCGCGCGCGACCUGGAGCGCUUCCUGGGCCGCGUCCUGAGCCAUCCGGUUCUGCGACAGAGUCCCCUGGUGGAUGCAUUUCUCAGGUGUCCGGAGGACCUCCGCUGGAUGCGUGCAGCGGGAGCGCCCACUUUUGAGGAAGCUCCGCCGGUGGUUGCGGUUGCAGGACGGCACCCGCUGCCCGACGCACCAAGCUGCCGGAUGCCUUCAGGUCCGUCCUGGAGGGCGUGGUUUGCGUCGUUGAGGCCGCACGCCUUGGUUGCCGCGCUGCAUUUCUGGCACUGGAAAUAUCGCCUUCGGAUCGAUGAAUGGAUCACAGGCUUGAUACAGCAUCCAAUGCAGCGCUCUCGAUGGGAAUGCACUGCAUUCGGCGAAAGCGGCAACUUGACUGCGCUGGAGGGGGGUCUUCCUGACUUGGAGAUUUUGCUUCAGACACAAGAGAAACUGUUACGAACCUUGCAGGUGCGUGUCGACAGGCACGUACGCUGCGCCAAUCGACUUGCCCGGGAAGCAACUCGAGUUGCUGAGACGCUGGAGCAUCUGCAGCGUCUCGAGGAAGCGCUUUCCGGCGAGCAAUCGCGACGAUGCGGCUCCGAUCGCUACUGUCGUUGCAGCUGUUGCCGACUGCAAGCCGGUAGCCCAGCUGCAGAGGUACGUCGCGGAGAUGCGCUCGGUGACUUGGCGUUUCUCCUUUGCAAUGAAAGAAGCAUUGCAGGCGAGGCAUUCGUAGACCUAGACACGAUAUCAUCGCCGAUCAACGGUGCAUGUGUUUUCCCCGAUCCGGAAAACGAGCUUCGCGAAGGAAUGGUUUGGCGUGCAUUCCACGAGCGCAUCAAGGAUCUGGCGGGCCUCUUCGAGGAUGCCCGGAGAGCGCUUCGCGUCAUACAGUGCUGGCGCGACCGUUAUCUUUACUUGGCCGAGCUGAAGGUCACUGGCACGCAGGGCACGGCGUUAGCGAUAACGCCACCCGCACGAAAGGAAUCUACUGCCCAGGUGCCCGAUCAAGCACCAAACGCAAGCGCGCUGUUUCCGGUCGACACGAGCACCGGAACCCUGCGAAGCACCGCGGAGGCCGUCGGUUGGGAUACGCGUGCGCUGGACGCCUCGUGGAAGUUCGAUCCAGCAUUCGAGGCUACUGAGGCCCGAACAGCCCGCGUGCGUGAUCGCUACGUCCAACACUCGACGUGCUUCUAUCUUGAUCUGCUUCGCUUGCGCACCUAUGCACCGGCGGAGCUGGCUGUGGCGGCAAGGCGUCUCGAGCAAACGAUACGUGUCGAGGGUCAGCGGCGGGCAGCCCGAAGCUAG